CUUAUUAUCGCCCGCAAGUCUCCGUUAUCUUCAACCGACACGGAUCUUGCGCCCAUGGACUUCAAACUUUCCUUCCAGAAGCUGAAAAUGCCUGACUUCCACGAAUACCGCAUCACGAAUCUCAAGACUUCCCUUGGAGAGCUGCCGCCAGCGGUGCUCGCAUUGGCCUGCGUUGGACUCCUGACCAGUCUAAUCAUACUCCGAACCCUCCUGAGGGCUGUGUUAGACCCAUGCCGCUCAUUGCCUGGACCCUUUUGGGCGCGGUUUACACGUUUCUGGUUAUUCAAACAGACCAUAAGUGGAGAAUUCAAUCACCGAAAUAUCGCGAUGCAUAGGAAAUAUGGUGAGAGACCAACUUUAAUCUCAGCGAGCUCAGAAAAUUUCUACUCGAAAAGGUCUAACAUGAAUACGAAGGUCCUAUCGUUCGCAUUGCACCGGGUUACUACUCCAUUGAUGACCCCGAGGCCAUUAAAGUCAUUUAUCCCCGACUUGUUCUCCGAUAGAAAUCAGGCGCGGCAUGCGAUCAACAGACGCUAUGUCGCCGGCUUCUUCUCUCUCACAAACCAGUUGAAAAUGGAGGAGCAGGUGCAAAAUUGCAUAGCUAAGAUUGAUGGGAAGUUCCGGGAGAUCGCAAUGGGCGAGCAAGCGGUGAACCUCACUACGUGGCUUCAAUGCUAUGCAUUUGACGUGAUCGCUGAGAUCACAGUAAGAGCGCCAUCUUCCGCCCUGGGUAGCGUCACCCGGCUAACGGACGGCAAAGACAAGCUGAACAUGUUCGACAACACGCAUAAAUCGCUCGUGUACGUGACGUAUGUAAGCGCAUAUUACGAGAUCCAUCCCGUCGCUUUUGCGAUGCUGAAGCGAUUCGGGACCAACGGACUGCUUGGAGUUUUCGAUUUCACGUGGGCGCAUAUCAAAGAACGUCUGAAAACGAUCGAUGGCAAUGAGAUUGACUCGGACAAGUCGGACUUCUUGACACGGGUCUUGGCGCUUCAUAAGAAAGAUCCCAAGUUCACGAUGGACCACGUUUUUGCCGCGUGUAUGCAAAAUAUUGGAGCCGGCAGUGACACGACAAGUAUCUCCCUCAGCGCCAUCAUGGGCAAUCUGAUCGAAAACCCAAGGACCCUGGAAAAGCUUCGUGCUGAGAUUGACGAGAAAGUCGCUGCCGGAGAACUUUCAGAUCCCCCCGCCUUCAAGGAAACUCAGAAGAUGCCCUACCUUCAAGCUGUCAUCCACGAGGCUCUGAGAAUUCACUCAGCUGUUGGCUUUCCCGUGGAAAGACUUGUUCCCCAAGGUGGGCUCAUGAUUUCUAGCCAAUUCUUCCCAGAAGGAACUAUUGUUGCGACAUCUCCAUGGGUCUCUGCCUACAAUAAGAGCGUCUACGGCGAAGACGUGGAAGUAUUCCGGCCGGAGAGAUGGAUGGUGGAUAAGGAUCAAUACGCAGCUAUGGAUAGAUCCUGGCUUCCGGUAUGUUUUUGGUUGGGGUCUUUUCUCCCUCUAUCACUCUCAUCAUUCGGCUACGGGCCAAGAAGUUGUCUCGGCAAGAACAUCAGCCUCAUGGAGAUGGGAAAGCUGGUACCACAUCUAGUGCGCAAAUUCAAUUUCGCUCUCGCCAACACAGACACCAAACUUGAGAGCACCUGUAUGGGUUUUGUCAAGCAUAAGAAUUUCAUGGUCAAGAUCUCGGAGCGGGAAAAGUAG